UUACCUAUUGAUCCUGAAUAAGGUAAUCAUAUUUUGAAAAACGCAUGUUGCAACUCUGUUAACCGAAAUUAGAAACUGUCAUUAAAAACAUUAAAAAAAUGUCCGAUACUGAGAAAAAUAUACCAGAAGGUUGGGAAGUACGCACUAGUCGUUCUACUGGACUUACUUAUUACCUAAACAUUUAUACUAAGGAGUCCCAAUGGGAUUUGCCAACAGAGCCAGCUAAAAAGGAAAUCUCAGCUAGCGGCCCCAGUGAAGUUCGUUGCUGUCAUUUGUUAGUUAAACAUAAAGGCAGCCGGCGUCCAAGUUCGUGGCGUGAGGAAAAUGUAACGCGUUCAAAGGAAGAGGCUCGUCAGAUUUUAGAAGACUAUCGCAAACAAAUUGAAAAUGGGGAAGCCACACUAGAAGACUUGGCUCAAAAGUAUAGUGACUGUAGUUCCGCCAAAAGAGGCGGUGAUUUGGGCAUGUUUGGACGAGGUCAAAUGCAAAAACCAUUCGAGGAGGCAGCCUUCAGCCUUAAAGUGGGUCAAUUAUCCAAAAUAGUAGAUACAGAUUCUGGUUUGCAUGUAAUAUUACGCACAGAGUAAACUCCGAAACGCAAAGGCCGUUCUUCAUUCAACAAGAAAAGAGCAGUUUAAAAUUAGAGCUAAAAUAGUGCAUUCGUACUAAUUCGCUUGCUGUACUAAGAUAUACGUGUUUUACCACAAU